AUGGCAGGCUCAUUCUGGUCACUAAGUUCUAACUUCUCUCUUAUACAUAACCCUUCUUCUGUAUGGUCCUAUGGCACAAAGCCUGCUGGUUAUCAAACAACUGGAAACUUUAACUUAUUUACAAACCUAGUUUCGAACCCAGAUGGAACUGGUAUAGUCGUCUGGUUUGCUCAAGGUAAUUCAUUCGGUAACUCCGGGCUAGGUGUCUAUUAUAACCCUAAUCCAACAACUACUAACACUACCCUGGGUGGGAGUACCAAUAUGACAUUUCCUGCAAGAAGUGUAUGCAUGCAUCCCAGCUCUCUUGGUGUUUUCUCUAUAGCAAGAUUCACUGCACCGACAAAUGGAAACUAUAGCCUAAACGUGGCGUUUGCACAUGUCGAUGGUAGAGCUACUAAUAGACAUUCAGGAGGUUAUAUAGUAUAUAACAACCUUGAGAUGCUUUGGGAGACAGAUCUAGUUGACAUCAGAGAUUCAGAUUCAUACAAGUCAAUUGAAAGUGGGAUUACUGUAAGGGAAAAUGAGACUAUCGAUUUCAUUGUAGGCCUUGGCCUAGAUGGCACGGACUUUUACGAUAUGACUUUUGCUCAGGUGGAUAUUCAUUUAUUGCUUGCAACUUUAACGACUGGAAUCCUCCCUACAAGCAUGAUUCCAACAAAUACAACGGCUACAACAAAUUCAACGAAUGGAAAUAAAGUCAGAGUUAUUAUUGGAUCACUCGGCACUUCAUUGAGUCUCAUUGUAGCUGUUAUUCUGGUUUAUGUCUACUACAGACAUCGCAAGAAUAAAGAAUACCAACAAAGAGUCCCAGUCACAUCUAGUGCUGAUCAUGAGGUUAUUGAAAGUUGA